UGCAACUUAAGGAAACUAUUGACAAAUAGGUUGUGACAUCAACAAAAGAUUAUCCUUUCUUGUUUUCAAAAUCCCGAUAAAACGAUAUUUUAAACGUGAAAUUUGAGUGAUAUCAAUGCAAAAAUCUCUAGAAUGUUCCCCUCAUAGUCACUUCUUCAACCCCUCUUUUAGUUGUUCAAUUUCUCCCAUCUCCGUAACGGUCACUUCCUCACUUUCCCUCUUAAACCCCCCUUUUCUCCUCUCUCUAAAACCCCCGAUCUCCAAAUCUCUCUCUCUCUUUCUCUCUAAAAUGCCAAACAAUUUCUCCCUCUUUCUCCUCAUUCUUCUCAUUCCCUGCACCGCCGCGGAUCCCCGGCGGCCGUCCAUCAGAGAUCAGAGCGGCGUGGCCACGGAGCUCUGGUGCGUGGCCAAGAACAACGCCGACGACGCCUCUCUGCAAUCCGCCCUCGACUGGGCCUGCGGCGCCGGCGGUGCCGACUGUUCCCCAAUCCAACCCGGCGGUGCCUGCUACGACGCCGCCGACGUCCAGAACAUGGCCUCCUUCGCCUUCAACGAUUACUUCCGCAAACACGGCAUGACCGAUGACAGUUGCUUCUUCCAAAACUCCGCCGCUAUGACCUCCUUAAACCCUAGCUACGGAAAUUGCAGAUUCCCAUCCAGUGUGUUGAGAAAUGGGAAUUUCUCAAGCCAAACAACAUCGGUAGGGUUGGGGCCGAGUGAAGACAUAAGCGGGUCGAGUCGAAAUUCGGCUCGGGCAUGGGCUUGGCCCAUGGUAAUCGGGUAUUUGUUUUUGAGAAUUAUGUUCCAAUUUCAAAGAGGAAACUUGUUGUUCAUCUAGUUUUUUUGUGUAUUUGAUUAAUUGAUCAUCUCUGAUUUGUGAAUUGUGGAUGGGGGUGUGUAUUAGAAAUUCCAAUUUUGCUUUUUUAUUGAGCAAA